GUUGAAACGGGGAGGAGUCUGACACACUGAGUUCAGCUCAGGACAGAGUGAAGGACAAACAAGGAAGACUUGUCGAGAAAAUAACAGGAUAAUAGAAGCUCCUGCAUAUUAUCUGCUUUAAGAAAAUUUCCAUCCUUCCUCGUCGUCCUUUGCAGAUGUCAGCUGCUGCAGCUGCUCGUCGUGUGUUGGCUGCUGCGUCACACGCGAGCCAUGAGGGAAAAGCUAAGACCUGGAAGAUACUGAGCUUCACAGUGGCCAUACCUGGUGUUGCCGUCUGCUGCCUCAACGCUUACAUGAAGGGAAAGGCACACUCACACGAGCAGCCAGAGUUUGUGCCAUACAGUCACCUGCGCAUCCGUACUAAGAAAUUCCCCUGGGGCGAUGGAAACCACACUCUGUUCCACAACCCUCACACUAAUCCCCUGCCUGAUGGCUACGAGACUGGCCGCCACUGAGGAGCCGUCACAUUUCUCACUUGUGUCCUCCUUCUGCAUGAUUUAAAAAAAACCAAAACAAACUCCCGUCUGCAGGGUGUGGCUUAAUUACAUUAACCAAGGGGCCAAGCAGGCAGGAAUUAAACUACUUUUGUGCUGUCUAAUAA